GGAAGACACACGUAAAGUUUAGAUUUAGCGUUUUUGAAAUCAUUGUUAAUUAUUUCAUUGAAAUUGAAAGUGUUAAACGCAAAUACAAAAGGUGCCAACCAUUGUACAAAAAAAAAUUAAAAAUAAAAUUGAAAAUAUAAAGAGUGACUUACAUAAAAAUUAGUGGCAGCUGAAAAGUGUACAUAAGUGCGUGCAGCACGGGUGAAAGACCCAUAAAGUUAACUUAGCAUUAACUUCGAAACCAAGCCAGUGUUGCAACUUUUUCUAUUGCAAACAUAUCUUUGUGUAAUAAAAAAAUCCCGAAUAGUGUUGGUUAAAAAAGGCACAAAAUGCGUCCAUUCGGUAACGAUAUCACUAACAUUGCCAACAACAGUGGCAACAGCAACGGCGGCGGUGGCGGAAAUAACAAUAAUAAUAACAACAAUAACACUAACAGAGUUGCCAUCAGCAAUGAUAAUAACAGUGACAAUGUGCAGAUAACUGACGAUCCGCGCGUGCCGCCACACAUAGCCCGCAUGGGAGGCAUAGUGACCUGCUCACCGAUCGCCGGACGCGGUAUUAUUCGAGUGGUUGGCCGCUGUGAAGAUGCAAAAGAGAAUAAUAUAUUGGACUUGUCCGAAUGCCAACUGAUGCAGAUUCCCGACGCGGUUUAUCAUUUGAUGCGCAAUACCCAACUAAAGACUUGUGAUCUCAGUAGCAAUGUCAUCAAAAAGAUACCAGCGAAAUUUGCGCUCAAAUUUAAUCUCAUUACAGACCUCAACCUCUCGCACAAUCAAAUGACCAAAUUGCCCGAUGAGUUGGCAGAUCUGAAUGCGUUGGCGCGGUUAAAUAUCUCACACAACUCAUUUAUUGUUUUGCCACCAGUUGUGUUUAAAAUGCCUAAAUUACGGGAACUGGACGCCAGUCACAAUGCGAUCAUCGAAAUCGACACUGAUGAAAUGAUCACAAGCGAUAACUUAGAAUUGGUUAACCUGCGACAUAAUCCCUUGGGACGAACCUGCCACCGCAAAUUGAAAAAUGUCAGCACAUCAUUCCGCCUCGAAAUAUCGGAGUACAAUGAGGAUGAUGAUUGGUAGGCUUGUGGGAUGUUUAGUAAAUACUGUAAUUACUUCCCAUAGCUCAUAUAAAUUGGGUUAUUUUUAUUAAAUCUAAGACUGCUAAGGAUAUAUUAUAAAUACAACUUAGCAACUGAUUAUGUUAAUACAUUUUACUAUGCGUGGAGCCGAACUGCAAAGUACUUAUUUAGUGAAUAAAUUAAUUAGUAUGUUAGUUACUAAAGACAGCGUUUAACUGAUACGAACUGCUGAUUUAGUCAACUUUCAGUAAAUAAUUAUAAGCUUUAGGCUUUCACUAACUGUAAAUCUGUGUGGGACUUUCAUUUAAUAAGCUGUCUUAACAAAGAACAAUAGUUGUAAGCAAGAAAUAUGAGAUUGGUAACUUUUGAGUUUAAGUAAGCAUAAAAGAACAAACCCUUAAGUAAACCGGUUCAAUUGUGCGUAAAUCUAUCAUAAAACCUUUUGAAUGCGGAAGCUUUUAAGCUUCGAAAGCAUUAACGCCAAAGAUAUAAUUUAGAUAUAUUGAACAAUUUUAUUAGCUAUGUAAGCAUACACCUAAGGCAAAAUGUAUAUAUACUUAAAACUAGAGUUUUUAAUGUGAUUUCCUUGCUAAACUAAUUUUAACACUCUUAUAACAGUUUCGGAGGAAACAAACGCAUACAGAAAGUUCUUAGAAAUUUGCCUUGCUCUGGAUGCAUUGGAAAAAAGCUAGUCAAAUAUGGUUUACGAUUUUAUUUUUGAAUUUUUUGAAAC